AAUAAUUGGUUGGUUUUCUUUUUGUUUUGUGCUUUGCGUGUGGCUGACGAUGGGUAGGUGCAUAUACGUCGUGUCGUCGGUACACAUCUCGCUAGUCAUCUCGCUUGCGCUGGGAUGUCUGAACCUCGAGGCUCUGGAUAAGGAUCGGGCGUUUGGAUGGGACGAGGGUAGGGUGGGGAGGUUGAUUGCUAUUUCUUGUGGGUAUUUCAUAUGGGAUACCGUGGAUGCGAUCGUCAACUUCGUGGAUAUCGGCUUUGCCGUGCAUGGCUUAGCGUGUUUGGCGAUUUAUCUUGGGUCGUUCAAGCCGUUCUUGGCGUACUACGCUGCGCGGUGUCUUCUCUGGGAAGCGAGCACGUUCUUCCUCAACAUCCACUGGCUCCUCGACAAGACCAACCACACCGAGAGCAACUUUCAGCUCAUCAACGGCCUCCUCCUCCUCGUUACAUUCUUCGUCGUGAGGCUCGUGUAUGGGGGGAUGUACGUCUUAUACCAGUUCGCGCAUACGCUAUACCAAGUCCGGCAUCAAGUGCCGCUUGCUUAUAUCUUUAUUUAUGGAGGAGGGAACGUCGUAUUGCAGGGACUUAAUUGGUUAUGGUUCGGGAAGAUGAUUGCGGCUAUUCGGAAACGAUUUUCUGAGGAUACGGACAAGAAUACGAGUAAUGGGACCGUGCCAAAGUAGAAUGGACGCUUGGAUACAACAACAUACUAUGCAAUAAAGAGAUUUUUAAGGGAGAAGAGACGGUGCAUUUCUCAAGCCGGAGAGAUUUCAAAGGUGCACUGGAUUUUCCAACACGGCAGUAACGCUCCCAUUAACGUAUUGCCUAACGUCGGAUGGCCAUCUGUAACGAGCUCGCGCUUGGUGUCCUUCUGAGAUGACCAUGCCCAAAACAGCUCAAAGUAAUGGGAACGUCUAUCGGGCCCAGCGUAAGGUAAUCGGGGUAAGAUUUAAUGAGAAGGGGAAGUGGGACAUGGCUCACUCGGGAGAGCAACAGAUUACCAUCCAGUUCGAUUCUGGAUUCCUACGAUAGAGGGCCUUGGAUCCUAGGUGUGCUAUUUUGAAAGAGGCUCAUUUUUGUAUGCGAAUUUUAC